CGUCAACACCGGCUUCGGAGUUGGUUGUUUAUUCAUUCUCCGUGUCUGGAAUUCGAACAAAUUUUAACUUUUGCAGCUGAUAACCGUGACAACCGGAGUUAUUAAGAUGACACUGUCUGCAUCGGGAAACUGGAAAAAUGAAAACUGAAAAAUUUGUUGAAGAUCCGGAAACGGAGAAGGAGGCACCAACUCGAAUGAAAUGGAACCGAAGUUUAGAUUUCUUACUUUCCUUGAUUGGUUAUGGUGUAGGAAUUGGUAAUAUCUGGAGAUUCCCUUAUUUAUGUGCCAAGAAUGGGGGAGCGGUGUUUCUCAUUCCAUAUGCUGUAUUCAUGAUUACAUUAGCUUUACCGCUGACAUUUUUAGAACUUUCCCUUGGACAAUAUUCUGGAAAAAGUACCUACGAUGUUUGGGAUUUGUGCCCUGCAUUCAGAGGUUUGGGUGCUGCUGCAACCGUAUUUUCCACCAUAAACAGUAUGUACUUUAACAUGAUCCUAGCCUGGAUUUUAUACUAUCUAGUUCAUUCCUUCAUGUCACCCUUACCAUGGACGACCUGUGAUAAUUGGUGGAAUACAGACACGUGCAUUGUUAAAACUGUAAAAGAAGUUGCUUUGAAUUCAUCUAUUAACGGAACGGAUCAAACAUUCACAUAUGGAUUAAAUCAAACUUACGGAAUUAAUGAAACUGGUUAUUUAAUAAACGAAAAUAUAUUUUCUGUGGUAAACAGUACUAAUAUUUCAGUAAAACAUUUUACAGCAUCAGAAGAAUUUUGGAAUCACAAUGUACUGAGGAUAUCUGCUGGAUUAGGAGAUUUUGGUACCAUGCAGUGGCAUCUUGUUGUAGCAAUGGCGGUCGGCUGGCUAAUGAUAUUUGGCUGUAUAGUAAAGGGUGUCAAAACAGUUGGAAAGGUUGUGUAUGUGACAGCAACUUUACCUUAUGUAUUUAUUACUAUUAUCCUGGUUAGAGCUGUUACACUACCUGGUGCCAUAGAUGGUAUCAAAUUCUACAUUAUUCCUGAUAUUAGUAAACUGGCCAAUGUUCAGGUAUGGAUACAGGCACUGAUGCAGAUUUUCUUUUCGAUGGGAAUCGGAUGGGGUGGUUUCACCACUAUGGCCAGUUAUAAUAAAUUUAAUAACAAUAUAUUAAGAGAUACCGUCAUAUACUGUUGUAUAGGAGAAGGGACUAGUUUCUAUGCAGGAUUUGUUGUGUUUUCUGUUCUUGGAUUUAUGUCUCAUAAAACGGGUUCACUGGUUGAAGAUAUUGUCAACACAGGUCCGGGGUUAGCCUUCAUUACAUACCCCGAAGCAUUAAGCCAAUUACCAUUACCUCAACUAUGGGCGGUUCUUUUCUUUUUGAUGCUUUUGUUUGUUUCCAUAGAUUCUAUGUUUGUUAGUGUAGAGGUCGUUAUAACAACUUUAACAGAUUUAAUACCAAAUUUAACAUCGAAAACCCGGUUAAUGGUUACAGCUAGUACCUGUUUUUUAAUGAGCUUAUUUACUUUAGUUUAUACAACACAAAAUGGUAUUUAUAUUUUUCAACUAGUAGAUUGGUACAUGGCCGCGCUCACUUUAUUUUCAAUAACAAUUCUAGAAAGUUUCGUUGUAGGAUGGUUGUAUGGUGCUGAUCGAUAUUUAGAUGACCUUGAAAUGAUGUUAGGAAAGCGUCCACCAGUAAUAUUUAAAUAUCUCUGGCGAUUUCUAAAUCCAAUUCUAUUAACUGUGGUUCUUAUAUUCACAUUGGUAAAAUAUCAACCACCUACAUAUGGAGAUUAUGUAUAUCCGAAUUAUGCGCCUGCUCUAGGCUGGAUUAUUGCCUUGGCAUCAUGUUUACCUAUUCCUAUAUGGCUUGUGAAGGAUAUAAUAAACAGAAAAGGACCAUUGAAACGGAGGAUUAAAACAGCAUUUGAGCCCAAUAAAAAUUGGGGACCUGCUAAAGAUUACAAACUGACUUACGACACAUCAGAAACAACACUGUGAACUAAUAUAUUUAUCUUUUAAAAAAACUCUAUAUACGCGCAACACAUCUUUAGCAUACAAUCAAAUGCGCGUGAAUACUUUUGUGGCUUUUAAAAAAUUAAUGUGAAGUGAAAUAUUUAUAUUUAUAGGGAACUACGCAUCAAGUUAGUGCUAAAACGUUUGUGGAAUCUUGGUCGGAACUGGUGAUGAAAGGGAUCUGUCUUCUUGAAAUAGUACCCAUAUUAAGGUGCCAUUAACUAUGUGCAUAAGACAGUGUUUUCUAAUACUUUGGGACUGGUCAUGAAACGGAGCUGUCUUGAAAUAAUACCCAAAUUUGACGUAUAACGUUAAUCCAGUAAAAAGAAAUCGAGUGCGAAAACCAAUAUGCAAUAUGAAAACAAAAUUUUAAAAAAGAAGUGUGUGCAAAAUAUAUAUCACAUACUUGUCCAUUCCAAACAGGGCUACAUUGGUCUUGAAAUAUAUUUAUUCUCGACUAUCAAGUACUCCUGAGUUGGUAUCAAGUACUCCUGGGUUGGUUUAGCUUAUGUUGUGUUACGUGGCAGUUUAAAUGUAUGAUUCAUGGAUUUUAUUUGAAUUUCAGCUCUUCUUAAUUGUAAUAUUUAAUAAUAGUUUGGGCUGCGAUAAAUCAGUUUAUAGUUUACAUAAUAAACAAUUUUAUUUUGCGUUGGAUAUCUCUCCUUUUGCUGGUUUAAACCUGAAUAUAUUUUCAUGCAAUCCUUUUAUUUGAUAUUUAUUGUUCAUUUCUGUGCAUUCUUAUAUCACCAUCACAACCUUGCAGUCUAGCUUUGUGUUGUUUCCAUUUACAGGAUCAAAUAAUUUCUCUAAGGAGUUUGAAUUCAACUGACUUAAAGAUGACAUAUCAUUUUGUCGAUCUUAAUCCGGUUGUCUUGGAGACGUAUUUUAAUCACUGACUUUAGUUAGACUUUUAAUAGGAACGGGCUGUCUUGGUUUAGACUUAUUUUAAUCAGCGGCUCUAGUUAGACUUUUAAGAUAACCUUUGAAGAUUUAGAUUGUACUACGUUGGUAACGAAUCUCGAAUAAAUUUAAACAAACAAAAUUAAUUUUCUGGAUUAUGGCCAGCUUGCGGAUUCUCCAGAAUUUUUUUAGCUUGUGGAUUCUCUAGAGGUCACAAUUUCUUUCCUAUUUUAAAGACCGUUUAAAUACAUCACCAUUCCACCAUAAUGAAGAUUGAAUUCGAAUUUCGGGAAAAUCGAAAUUAAACUGUCCGAAAAAAUUGCCGCUCUUUGUACGCAAAUUGUGUAGAAGUGUGUAAUGUGAAGGUUGUGGACCCUCUAGAGGACACAAUUUUUAUCCGAUUUUGAUGAAACUUAAAACAUAUCUUUAUAUCCCAAAGAUCCCAGUCCUUUUUGAUAUUUGCGCAUUUCAGACAAUAACUUUCUGGAUUAUGGCCCCUGAUUGUACAAAAAAUCGUUUUUGUUUUUAACUUGUUCUCUAUCCAUCUCUUGCAAGAUGUGGGCAUAUCCUGCCUGGCAGCCGCUGGUUAUUAGAUGUCAUUAAUUAAAAUAUCUUCACACAUGGAGAGUUUGUGAUAGCCAACAAGUUACAAGAACCUUUGGUCUCAGUAACCUCACCUGUUGACACACAUCUGAAGUUCUGGAUAAAUGAGUACAUCAUAUGUAUCUGGUAUUGUAUGUCGCAUACGCUUCACAAGUUCUUUUAAAAUGAAUUUACAGAUAGUAGUUCGAUGUACUGUAUUUCACUUUGUCAUAAAAUGUAUUAUAGACUCCGGU